CUCAUGACUUUUCCACCAGUUUCCUCUUGGGUAAUCUUUCAUUGCAACCAAUUUGAGUAAGAAGAGUUUCCUGUCUCCUCUGAGAAGGUAGAGAAAGUGGCAGCGUUGGAAGGGGUCUCUUGAAUUCCUGGCUCCUGGCUUCCCCAUCAAUUUCGGUUUCGUGUAUGGCCGCUGAUGGAAAAGCUCCUGUUCCUUUGCGUCAGAAGACAAGGAAGAAAAAUCAAGGAAUUUGUACAAUGAGCCGUCGAAGGAUAUCAUGCAAGGACUUGGGGCUAGCUGAUUGCCAGGGAUGGCUAUACAAGAAAAAAGAGAAAGGGGGCUUUAUUGGCAACAAAUGGAAAAAGUUCUGGUGUGUCCUGAAGUGUUCAUCAUUGUACUGGUACAGCAAUCAAGUGGCAGAGAAAGCUGAAGGGUUCCUCAGCCUUCCAGAAUUCACAGUGAAUCAAGCAACAGAAUGCAAGAAAAAGUACGCUAUGAAGAUCAUCCAUCCACAGAUCAAGACAUUUUAUUUUGCAGCAGAAAAUGCGGAGGAAAUGAACAUAUGGCUGAAGAAAUUAGGUACAGCUGUCCUUGACAAACAAGCCAAUAAAAAGAGUGAAGAAGAGUGCUAUAGCGAGAGCGAGCAUGAAGAUCUAGAAAUAAACGUGGAGACGCCACCCCCUCCGUAUUCAGAUCAGCUGCCGCCACCUCAUUUGAAACAGGACCAGGAAGAGCCUUCCUUGACAUCGCACGCAUCAAGUGAAGUAUCAUGUUCUUUGUCCUCGCCGGAAAGCACAAUGAAGUCUGAAGGAUCCUCGUCUUCCUCGUUGUCCAAAGUAUUGUAUCCAGAGAGACAGUCAUGGCUCGACAUCGUGAACAACUCUACCACUGGGGAAGAAAUGGACAAUCAAUCUCCAGCUGCCUCUGGCAACCCUCAGGAUACUGAUCACUUGGUAACAGGCUGUAACAGAACACUGGAAAGCGAGACUGUCAAACCCGACUGCAGCUUUCAGGUCUCUUUGAAUGAGGCUACAUCUACAUUAUGCAGUGCUAAGGCUAGCCUACCCGUGCCUAGAAUAGCAGCAUCGAAAACCCUGCCUAAAGAUGCAAAAUGUUCCGUAGAUGAAAUGGAGAAACUUUACAAGUCCUUAGAGCAAGCGAGUUUGUCUCCCAUGGGGGACAGGCGACCUUCUACGAAGAAGGAACUGAGAAAAUCCUUCAUCAAGAGGUGCAAAAACCCAACUGUUAAUGAGAAACUCCACAAAAUCCGAGCACUGAAUAGUACGUUAAAGUGCAAGGAACAUGACUUGGCCACGAUUAACCAGUUGUUGGAGGAUCCUGAGCUAACAGCAAGGAAGUACAGGGAGUGGAAGGAUUCAAACACCAUGUUGGUUCAAGAUAUCUACCAGCAGCAGGAUGUUCUGAAUACACCUGAAGAAAAUAGCACAGAAGCAGAGACGAUGCUGCAACCAUCUUUCAUCGAAAGCACUAUCUGAGAGAAGUGGACUGUGUGGUACUUUCCCCACACUGUUUGUCUUCAUUUACAAAUAGUUUAAGCUGCUACUGUUUCCUGUUUUGUUUUUCUAGUGGAGAACUCAACCCGUUAGCCAGAUCAUUGUUUCUU